UUCGAUCAGAAAUGGUGUAGAGAUGUGGCUUAAAUGGGAAGGUUUUAUUGAGCAUUGUAAUGAUAAAGAAAUGUUUACAUUAGCAUAUAAUAAUAUUAUGGAAUCUUUGAUUACAAUGUUUCUUCAAAGAAGUGAAAAUCUUGAAGAAUUAUUAAUCAAUGAUCAACUUAUGUUUCCAACAGUAUCAACAUUCUUGAACGCUAUACCAGGAAUAUCACAAUUAAAAACAUUACGUGUUAAGUUGGAUUUCACUAACACGAACAUAUUGGAAUUUAUGAAUGCAUUAACACCUAAAGCAUGCCCUUAUCUUAAACAACUCAAUAUUAAAUCUUAUUUACAUAAUGAUGAAAGCGAUGCACUUGUAAAUAUUAUAAAAUCUCACAAAAAAUUUGAAAAAAUAGAUCUUGAUACUUAUAUUAUAGGUAGGAGUGUUGUUGUGUAUGAGAUUUCAAAUUUGGCAAGUGAAAAAACAAUUAAGGAUUUUUUUUUAUUCUGUGGACGAAUUAGUGAAUUUAAACUUAAAAAGAGUGAAAAGGAUAGCAAACAAAUUGCCUAUAUCACGUUUCAGAAAGAGAUUGCAGCAAAAACUGCCUUAAUGCUAACAAAUGCUGUUAUUGGUGAUUCAGCACUUAUCGUCAAAUCUGCUGAAGAAACAGGUUAUAUUAAGAUUUUUUCAGCGUUAAAAUAUGUUGGAAAUUCCUUAAAAGAGCUUAUAUUACAGUAUAUGGAUUUUUCAAAAAUUUCUCCAGAUAAUAUAGAAAAUAUUUCCAAAUGCCAGAAUUUAGUUAGAAUUAGUUUCUAUAAAUGUCAAAAAAUGACAAUAACUCAUUGCACUUCAUUAUCUAAGAACAAUUUGAAUUUAAAAAAAUUAGAAAUCAUAGGCUUAAGCUUCGAUCAAAUUGUCAUGACCACUUUAAUUUCUAUAUGGGGAUCAACUUUGGAAGUUUUACAUCUGGAUGAAUUAAGCCAAGAAACUGCAAAUGCACUAUUAAUUCAUUGCUCAAAUCUUAAAGAGUUAGCUAUUAAUAAUUUAUAUGCAAACUCACUCAAAUUUAUUUAUCCUUUCCUUCAGCAAUCAUCUCUUAAAUCUUUCAUUAUUGAUACGCAUGGCAUAUUUCCCAAGGAAUGUUUUGAUUUAGUUCCAAAUUUACCAUCCACAUUGACUUUUUUGGGAUUAUAUACUGAUUUCAAUAGCCGAAAAUUUAAAAAAUUUGUAAAAUAUUGUGAAAAAUUUGUCGAAUUGAAAGCAUUAAACAUUAAGCGUCUUAGAUUUGUAACUGAAAAGAUU